CCACCAGAUUGUCCUCCACCUAUUCUACCGCCGUUCUAUAACUGUCCAAGAUCCAAAUACGACGUUCAUUGGGUUUAUGUCAAUGAUAAGCCACCUACAACUACUAUGAAGGAUUUUUUCGACAGAGGGGCACAAUGCGUGUUUUGGACCGAACUUAUCAGAGGUUUCGCUAUUACGUUCGGGCAUAUAUUUAAAGAGCCUGCGACGAUAAACUAUCCGUUUGAGAAAGGUCCACUGUCGCCCCGGUUCAGAGGUGAGCAUUGUUUACGAAGAUAUCCUACCGGAGAGGAGCGGUGCAUCGCGUGCAAGCUGUGCGAGGCCGUGUGUCCGGCCCAAGCGAUCACUAUCGAGGCGGAGGAGCGCUGCGACCUCUCCCGCCGCGCCAUACGUUACGACAUCGAUAUGACCAAAUGCAUUUUUUGUGGCUUUUGUCAAGAGGCUUGUCCUGUCGACGCAAUUGUUGAAGGUCCAAAUUUUGAAUACAGCACUGAAACACGCGAAGAACUAUUUUAUAACAAAGAAAAACUACUCUCGAACGGUGAUCGAUGGGAACCCGAAAUAGCCAGCAAUAUUAGAGAUACUCAUGUAUAUCGUUAG